GAGACUCUCUGGUUGUGUUUGAGCAUUGGGUAACUGCAGCAGCAGCAGAACAGCUCGGUGUUUUGCCGCGGAAAGGACGAUUCAGAGGAUUUUUGUGGACUCCAGGAAACAAGCAGAGUGUGUUCUCAGCUGGAGGAUAAUCAAAGUGUCUGCAUCUGCUUGCUGCUGGGCCUAAAGAUAUUUUCUCAGUUCUCACACUUAGAUUUUGUGUGUUCUACAAAUUGAGUGCAAUCGAGGCUGUGCCUGGACCCAGGUCUGUGAGUUAAACAUGGGAGACCAGAGAUCAGUCCAGCCCCUCCUGCACCUGCUGCUGCUCCUGUUGCUCCUCGCCAGGAUGUCACAACUGUGGGCCUUCCCCUUCAGCCCAUCCCUGGACCUGGAUGUCAUUCCCAGGACUACUAUCUUCUCCAAAGGUCUGUUGGGCAGCACCCGUUUCACCGGCUCUUCCCAGAACUACAGCACCCUGCUGCUGGAAGAGGAGGUCGGGCUGCUGUACGUGGGAGGCAGAGGAGCUCUCUACGCACUCAACACCUCUGACAUAUCCACACUUGGAAACCUCACAAUUGAUUGGGAUGCUUCCCCUGAACAGAAGAAGCAGUGUCUAAACAAAGGCAGAGACAAUCAGACAGAGUGUUACAAUCACGUCCGCUUUCUGCAGCGAUACAAUGAGACUCACCUGUACGUCUGUGGAACAAAUGCCUUCAGACCUCUUUGUGCUUAUAUAGAUGCAGAGCGGUUCAGCUUCUCCUCAGGCUUUGAGGAGGGUAGAGACAGGUGUCCAUAUGACCCAGCAAAAGGAUACACUGGCCUCCUCGUAGACGGUGAGAUGUUCACGGCCUCUCAGUAUGAGUUUCGCAGCUCUCCAGAUGUGCGCAGAAACUUCCCCUUCCCCACCCUCAGGACAGAGGAGGCCCCCACCCGCUGGCUUCUGGAGGCAGAUUUUGUGGGCUCUGUGCUGCUGAAGGAGAGCAUCAACAGCUCUAUCGGUGAUGACGACAAGAUUUACUUCUUCUUCACGGAGAGAAGCCAGGAGCAGAUUGCCUACCCGAGCCAGACCAAGGUGUCCAGGGUUGCCCGAGUCUGCAAGAAUGACUGGGGUGGCCAGAGGACCCUGCAGAGGAAGUGGACCACCUUUCUCAAGGCCAGAAUGGUGUGUUCAGUCCCAGAAUAUGAGCUGCACCUCAAUAUCCUGCGCAGUGUGUUUGUCCUGCAGGGUCGAGACGCUCAAAGCAGCAUUUUCUACGGUGUCUUCGGCCUGGAAUGGAAGAAUAUCAAAGCAUCUGCUAUCUGCCAGUACGCCUUCUCAGACGUGCAGAAGGCGUUCGAGGGGCCGUACAUGGAGGUGCAGGACUCAAAGUGGAGGGAGUACACCGGGAAAGUUCCAGAGCCAAGACCUGGAUCUUGUAUAACAGAUCUGCACAGGUCCCAGGGCAUCAACUCAUCUCGAGACCUUCCAGACAAUGUCCUCACUUUCGCCAGAAGGCACCCGCUGAUGGCCAGCCAGGUGCACCCAAUUGGGGUGCGCCCACUCAUGUUCAAGAGGAGUGUCAACUAUGUGAAGAUAGCCGUGCACAAGGAGCCAGCACUGGAUGGGAACAUUUACACUAUUCUGUUUUUGGGAACUGAUGAUGGGUGGCUGCACAGGGCUGUAGACAUUGAUGGAGAAAUGCAUAUCAUAGAAGAGUUGCAGUUGUUUGAUAAACCUCAGCCCAUAGAGAGCAUGGUCAUAUCCUCUGCCCUGCGGAGUGUCUAUGUUGGCUCCCGCUCCGGAGUCGUGCAGGUACCGAUGUCGGCCUGUCAGAGGUACACUUCCUGCUAUGACUGCGUAUUUGCCCGAGAUCCGUUCUGCGGCUGGGACGGGAGGGUUUGCGUGCAGAUAUCUUCACGUGCGCAGAGGUCAAACCUAACCCAGGAUAUCUUGAGAGGGAUCAGGGGCUGUAAAGAGAAUUCAGGAAAUGUGGUCCAUCGGAGGCGUUCUGUGAUGGCAGGUGACGAUGUGCUGCUCCAGUGCGAACUGCGCUCCAACCUGGCAACUCCGCGCUGGACGCUAAAUGGCAAAGAGCUCCAGGGAUACGGCCUCAAUUCGGGCUACCGCAUCGGCACAGAUGGCCUCCUCAUAAUCGGAGCUCGUGCCCAACAGGGUGGGUCUUAUCGCUGCUUUGCUCUCGAGAACUCCGUCUCGGUGCUGGUUUAUCUUUACACAGUCAGGGUGCACACAGACUCGUACUUCCCCGUGGAGCCCACAGCCACGACCAACCCCACUACGGUUUCUAGCCCGACUGUUUUCUCCACCAGCAGCCCCACUGAACAGCCUCUGCCCUCACCUCCCGCCCCGCUGCCUCCAGGACCUGAGUUCCAGACCUACAGGCACAUGGAGGCUGUGUACAUUUCCCUGGUGGCGGUUCUCGGGGGGCUUUGCUUGGUGUUGACUGUGGUGCUGCUUUAUGUGAGCUUCUGCACCAGACGGGCUCCUCAGGACCGAAAGUACUCCCAGCAGGGGCUGCAUGUCCUGGGCGCCUCUGAGAGGAAGAGGAGCUCCCAUCUCGAACUUAAGACCAUCUCCAGCCACUGCAACGGCCGCCAGGGUCGUCGGUCCAUCUCGGUGCCAUCCUUCGGGGACUUGGGUGAUGGCUUCCUCCAGAUAGUUCCAGGCGAGGGCCAGUUGUCUCCAACCAAAACACCUCCCCCAGCCCCUCCCCUUCCUAUGCCUCCUCCGCUGCCCAACAUGGACUAUGCCAACGGGCUGUCGGCCACCCUGCCCAGCGUGCUGAGGAAGAUGAACGGGAACAGCUACGUGCUCCUGAGGCAAGCCGACUCCGAGGGCAUGUCGCCGCUCUACCACUCCUUCACAGAGGAGCUCAACAGGAUCCUGGAGAAGAGGAAACACACACAGCUGGACCUGCAGCCUGAUGAGAGCUCCAUCUAGGGCACCCCUCUCAGUCUUUGUCCCGCUGUUAUUUAUUUUUACCCCAACAAUGACCCGCAGUUGUGGGGAGAACUGACCGUUGUAUCAAACGCUGCUGUUAUUUACCCAGUGUCAGAGUACCUGCAGGUCGUGUCCUAACCUGAUCUGAAAUGUGCAGCCUCCUGUGUCUCCCAUGACAAAUGGCCCAUGAUUUCACUUCAACAAUGGACUACACGAACCAGAGACUGCUAUUCAAAAAGUAGAGCUGUGAAAAAUGUGUUCCAUAGGCUGCACUGUUACAAAAUUACUAGGGAGCUACCUCUGUGUAGACUGUCUAGAGACUGGUGAAAGAUGGCGGACAGAUGACACAAAAAGGCAAAGGUGCAAAAUGGGACAUAGGUAAAAAUAAUAAAUCGGGCCAGGAGGUGUUCACGUAUUUUUGAGACUGUGGAAGUGUUCAGGAUGUUUUUAGUGCCAUGUAAUAGUAGCCCUCUACGGAGCUUAAAGUGAUACUCCACACAAAAUCUCAGUCUUUUGUGCAUUGUUACAUGGCUAAGCCUUAUUUUAAAACAUGGCCUACCUUCCAUUUAACAUGCUCGCAACCUGAGAGCCUGGCCCCGGUCUGGGGUAGAAUAUGUUUGACUCAUCCGUAGUCACAGGACUGGACUCACGAAUGUCAUGCAAAUCCUUGUAUGAGGCUGAUGGUGAUCGUGGCUGUCUCAGCUUUUAGAUCUCCUGGUUUUGGGCAGUUCAGGGUCAAUUUAUGGGCAAAAUAACUGGAUAGCAAAGCCAAUUGAUCCUUUAAGAUGGUAUACCAUCUGCAGGUGUCACAUCAGUUGCAUCCCCAAAAUCUCCUCCAACAAAUCCACUAAUCUACCAAACUGAAGGCCUGCUGGAAGACUUAUCAUAAGUGUUUUUCUCCACCCGCUUUUCUUUAACAAGCUCAAGUAUAUUCAAGCAUUCAAAAAGCAUGUGAAUAAGAUUAUGCUACUAGAAUCAGUUAAAGAAGUCUCAUGCUUUUUUUUUAACAGUGAACACUAUAUCCAAAUUGGAAAUCCAUUUCUUCAAAUUGGUGGUAUCAUUGACCAAGAGCCUGAACCACCAAAAUAUAUAAUUAAAAAGAAAAUCAGCAAAUCCUCACAUUUGAGAAGCUGAAACCAGCACAUUUGUAAUUUUUUCUUCAUGACUCACGAUGAAUUGUCUAAUUGUCCAGAAUUGAAUCUGACUAUGAGUCUUUGUCCUCUAGGACAAGGCAAACUGGUGUCAUUUUACAGCCACCUUUCAAACUCACAGAAGGUGUUUGAGAUUUUAUGUGGAGUAUCACUUUAGAAAGCCAGUUCUGUUACAGUGCAUGAGAGUUCAGGUGGUAAGACAAAUCAUGCAUUCCAGUUUAUUUAAACAACUCUUUGUUCGUGUUCCUCUGUUCUCGUGUGAAUUGCAAUAAUUACAUCACUGUUGCAGCUGUUGGUAGCAAUGUGUUGUGCCAGUGCCAAUGGAAACACUUGUAGCAAACUGUGAAAUAAUUUGGAUUUCUUUUUCCUGGCAUCUUUCUGUUUUUAGCAUCUGUGUGAUAAAGGAGAUACAGCUGUAUGACGGUUGUAGUUCUGCUAUUAAAGACCACUGAAGGAGCAGUUUGUGGUCAGUUUAAUUCAAUUCACUGACAACCACAGGCUGGCUUCAGGGUCCGGGAGGCUGAGAGGGAACCACAACGAGAUACUGUAAAGAAAAUGCUCAUUUUAAUUUUAUAUUUAAGCAACUAAACAUACUUUAUUUUGUUACACAUUCAAGAUGUUGCUUCCUCCUGAGACGUCAGGGCUUUAGUGUCAUACCAAUGAUUUCAAAGACUAUUAGAUUAGAUUAUUUUAAAAUGUUACAAACAGGCAACGUGUUUUUCGUCUAUUAUGAAUUACAGACGCAGGUUUUGCGUUUGUUGUGACAAGUCGCUGAAUCAGAGUAGAGCAGACCUUCAGACACGCUCCCACAAAGGCAUCCUCGGUGUUUACCUGACAUCAGAGCAAUGCCAAAACAACAAGAGCUGCAGAACCUACAGUAUUUCCUUGAACAGGUGAACGGCGAUAUGAUUAAAUGGCACACGUAUAACUCAGAGGGAAGUGACUGAAAUGAAUCUCUGAGUGGUUUGUAAAUGUGUCACGGCCAGUGGUAAAUAAAGAUCCGUCAUUCUAGCAAAGUGUUGAAUCAGCUCUUGUAGCGGUGGCUCAGCAGCAGUCCUCUACGGUGAGUCGCAGCGUGCAUUUGUCAAGAGAGUCGCUGACAGUAACAGCAGUGUACUUGGCUCGCCUCCACAAAGAGAGAGGACAAGAGGGGGUGGGGGGUGAUUCUUGUCUGUUUGCAUAGAGUGUUGUCGUCUCUGCAGGUAGAAGCAGACAGAGAACAUUUGACCUGAGUGUCCUGGUUAGCCAUGCAGGAAAACAGAUGAUGAUACGAGUAGGCAGGAGCCAUUUUGCACUUGCAGUUCUUCUUGUCUGCCUUGUAAAACACUUUAUUUUGAACCUUUUUUGAUUGAGAAUAUAGUCAAGGGAAGCACUUUGUGCAGACUGAUAAAUGUCCUGGUCCUGAUGGAAUAAAUUCUGUCUCACCAAAGGCCUCUCAGUACGAUCCAAAUAAGCACUUAUCUGCUUGCUUGCAUGCUUAUGAGGCUCUUUUUUCAGAUUUUGCAAAACAGAUUUUCCGUCGCCUUUUGUAUGUACAGCUGAGUGGAACACCAGGAAUAUCGUUGAGGAGAGACUUUACAAAAAAGUGUGCGCCCUUAUCCCCUUUUGUACGAUUCAGUGUCUUGUCCAUCUCUAUGACAGCAGACAUUUUGGCCAUUCAGAACAGGUAUAAACACUUUCAGACGAUACCUGACCUACUUCAUUAUAAGUAUACUGAAAUCUUAACCCCACUUUAACUCCACUGGUCAUCUCCCUGUGACAUUAUGCCAAGCCUCUUGCUUUUAUUAAUAAAGGGGAAAGAUAGGCUUCAAUGUAGCAGUUGUAGUCUCUUUUCUAAUCUCAGACUUUCCAUUGUUGGCCCAAUGCUUAGAAUCUGUUCGGCCGUCCAUUAUUUCAAAAUAUCAGACAGAAUUUAUUAUAAAGAGACUUUUUUUUUAUUUAUGAAAUUGUUUCAUAUCAUCAUUUAAUUGAUGCCAAAAGUGCUUUAGUUUGAGGGGAGUGGGCUUUAAAAUGUAAAACCCUAAGCAAAUUUAUAUAUGGAAAAUUACUAUUAUGACUCGGCUAAAAUUGCUGUAUUCCUCACUAUAGGCCAGUGUGCGCUCCAAUAGCAGUUACUCUAAAUAUUUUCCUCUUGGCCGUGGCACAAACUAGGGCUGUCCACUCUUCCCGUUGCUGUUUGUCCUUACAGAUGAAGCCAAAUAUGGGCAUUAUUCGGGGAAGAGCUGAAACAGAACAUUCUGCUAUAUAUGCAGAUUAACUGCUUUUAUUAUAUACCCUUUCGCACUUGCGGGAAAUAUCUGUUUAUAAGUUGAAUUUAGGGAAGAGAGAACUCCUUUUGGUUAAUGUUACCGCCCAGACUUUCCCAUGACUUACAGUUUAAGAUCUCCUGAGGAUACAUAUUCAGGGGAAGUGUUCAGUGCUUCCUGGCUGUUGGACGUGACAUGUGUCCCCUGGCUAGCCGUGCAGAGAGCAGAUGACGAUACAACUGGACGUGUUGGCAGAAGCUACUUUGCACAUUGCAUGUUUUCCAGUUUUUUUCCUGUCAGCCUUUUUAGCCCUUUCACUAGUUUUCAUCCUCAUCUUCAUUCCUCCCCCCUCUCUAUCUCUCUCCCUCUCUGCUGCCUCUUUUGUUUUCCCGUCUCAUCACCUCUGCGUGACAGUAUCAUCUAUUACUCUCUCUGCUCACAUUCACACUCUCUCAAGGACCCUGCUGAGUUUACAAAUGGCCAUGAUGGCCCCUAAUCAGUUAGGACCAGAGUCCCAGAGUUUGUGUUUGUCAAAGCAGCGGAAAACAACAGAUCUCUCCGCAUUAGUUUAACAUUACUGAUAGAGUGAAUGCUAUUCUGACAUUUCUAGCAGAUUUCUGUGAGGUAGUUUUCUUUGCACGCAUUUCCAAUAAGAAUGAGACAGCUGAAAUAUGAAUCAUGUCCUUAAAAUUAAGGAUUCACCCAUGGUUUGGAUUGUUAAUCUGAAUGAGUAAUGGUUUUCUGAUCCAUUUAUAAGUGUGAUUAAUGUGAGCUUUUUAAUUUUAUUUCAGUCAAAGUUGUAAAGAGAUGUUCUUGUUGGGUUACAUUGUAAUGCAAGUUUUAAAAUGUGUACUGAGUUUAACAUGUUACCGUACUUAUUCAUGUAUUAUAAAAGCCUCCAUCAUCAAGUUUCCUCACCAUCAAGUUGUGGACAAUCCUUAACAUGUUGAAAGCUUCAUCUGAAUCUGUGACCUCUGCUGCUGCUUCAUUCUCACUUAAGGACAACCUGUUUACAACAGACACUGACUCUGCACUGUAUAUUGUACUAUGGACUUUAGGUAAAAAAUAGCUCACAUAUUGGCUACCAUUUUUACAUUCACCUUCUACACACAACCCCACAGUGAGGCACCUUUUGUCUUGUGUCAAUAUGCAAGAUAUGGUAUACUUUGUAGAUGUAGAAUAUUCGUCUAGGUGUUGGCCAAAGAAACCGGAGUGAAGAGUUCACAAUUUGCAUUUGCACUGUUCUUUUGUAAGUACUUUGUUAAAGGUCAUGUAGUACACUCUUGUAAACUGUGACACUCUCCAUCAAGUUGGUUCUGUACUAUAUUUUGAUGUAGAUAAUGAAUUUAUCUCUGUUGUUUUCUCAGAAUAUAACUGGCUGAAGUGACACCCUUCUUGUAAGACAGUUAAACCACCGGAGCUGAAAUAACUUCUUUUUUUUUUUAAUAUUGUCUCUAAUGUCUUAUUUAUUUGACUUCAUUAAAUUUCCACUUGCUUUUGUGCAGAUGAAA